AUGGACUCAAAGAAAGUUGAGAACUUAAAGAAAGCUUGGCAUCAAGUCAACGUCAAUUUUGGAUCAAUUUUCAGUACUUUAUUGCCUGGAAUGGAAGCAAAGUUGGUUCCACCUGAAGGAGUUUCAUUUCUUAAAGGACUUCAAGUUAAAAUUGGAUUCAAUGGAGUUUGGAAAGAGUCUUUAACAGAGUUGAGCAGUGGACAACAAUCACUUGUUGCAUUAUCUUUAAUUCUUGCCAUGUUGAAAUAUAAACCAGCUCCGUUUUGUUUACUUGAUGAUGAAGUAGAUGCUGCUCUUGAUUUAUCACAUACACAAAAUGUCGGCGCAAUGCUUAAAGCUCAUUUUAAGAACUCUCAAUUCAUCAUCGUGUCACUUAAAGAUGUAAUGUUCAACAAUGCUAACGUUUUAUUCCGUACAAAGUUCGUUGAUGGUGUUUCAGGUGUCACCAGAACAACAAAUUGUAAAUAA